AAGAGAGAAUGCACUGUGCAGCGCGAUGCAGCCGCGAGAGAGAACGAGUUUAUUGAUUCGGCCGCGCAUGUCAUGCACACGACGAACAACAAUGGACGCCGUGUGACUCGUGAAACGUUCCGUCCGCGAAAGAUUGUUUACCGUCGCCUCGUCGUCGUCGAGGUUCCUUUGAACACGUCGCCGUUGAACUCGACGCCGCGCUGCGAAGUCGGGAACGUGCCGUGCGCCGUGGCUGUGAUCGCGUCGGACAAUCCCUCCCCCCCUACCCCCCGAGCGUGCUAAAACGGUCUGUGAAGUGUGUCAGUGAAGGGACAAAGGGUGUCACGUAAGUGUGCGCCGAGCCCUCGGGAGGACUCGUCAGAAAAAAAAGCGAAAAAAAAGUAUCGCGAGGACUUCGUGAAAAUUAAGAGAGAGAGAGAGAGAGAGAGAGAAGGAGAGCACUGUAAUCUCGUAUUUAGUGGCCUAAAUCGUGGCUUUGCGCGAUGAACUUUUUUAGAUAACUAAAGAGAUUUAAAGAGCAAAAAUAAAAAACCGUACAAAAAAAAAUGAGGAAAUAAAUAAACAAGGUCUCCCGACGGACUCUCUGACGUGUUUGACGCGGACGGAAACAUAAAAGCGGUUGUUUACGCUGUCUAAGAUCUGUCCGAGUAUAAGAGUAACCUCCGCCUGCGGAAGGAGGAGUAAUGGAGCAUGGAGGAUAAAUAACUAGGACUUCGGAAAAAAAAAAAAAAAGUUUCCCCGUGCUUUCAGAGACACUCCGGUAGUCGCGGCCGUUCCUCCCCGUGCCGAGCUCGCUAUGUGUUGUUGUCACCUCAUAAUCUCAAGGACUACUGCCCGUUAAAAAAGCCCGUUAAUUUACGUAUAUACAUUCCGCCCGAGAAUCCUCCUCGGGUGUCGAGCGCUCCUCCCCGGUCUCCCUCCCCCGAGUCGGCGGGACCCCAAGUUUUGCCGAGGUUGUGUCCCUGUCAAUUUGUGUUAGGCUCGCCACCACGAGAAAAAGGCCCGGGGUGCCGCGCGAUGGCGCGCGUCUGAUACGCGCCGCUUUAAGAGAGAGAGAGAGAGUACCCGGGACAGUGUGGACUUUCCGCUCGAUUCCGCGGAAUCCCCGAACUCUUAGCCUCGCUGUACGCUAUAUAAGUCCCUCGCUACCUCGCAUUAUUGUCGUAAGAUGUACGAGAAAACGACGCCCGUUCCGCAGGGCCCGACCCGACGGCGACAGCGGCGUCGACGACGACGACGACGACGGGGGAUAGUCCGGUCGGUUGGCAGCCAUGGGCAGCAACACGGACGGCGACAACCUGAAUCUCAGCUGCGGCGAGAACGACAACGGCGACGAGCUGAGGAUCGCCGCGGACGAGACGUACGACACCCGCAGCGAGGUGUCCUCCAGCAGCUCCAACUCCGACUCCAGCCACCCCACCAUCAGCUCGGUCUCCAGCAAGUCCUCGCGCGGCGACAACAAGCGCAGCAGGCGGAACAACAGGAGCAAGCGCGGCCGGUCCAGGGACUCCAAGUCGUCGAGCCCCGAGCCGAAGCGGGCCAGGUCCAAGGAGAGCAAGGGCACUACCAAGAACUACGACUACACCACCAAGUUGAAUUAUUUGUUUAGAGACGCAAGAUUUUUCAUCAUCAAGUCUAAUAAUGCGGAGAACGUGACACUGUCCAAAGCCAAGGGAGUAUGGAGCACGCUGCCGCAAAACGAAGCAAAUCUGAAUCAAGCCUAUAAGGAAUCGCGAAACGUGUUGCUGGUAUUUUCUGUAAAGGAGUCGGGAAAGUUCGCUGGCUUUGCGAGACUUAGCACCGAAUCGAGAAGAGACGCCGGUCCAGUUUCUUGGGUUUUGCCUCCUGGAUUGUCGGCAAAGGCUUUAGGCGGUGUAUUUAAAGUCGACUGGAUCUGCAGGAAGGAAUUGCCCUUCACGGCCACGUUGCACUUGUACAAUCCUUGGAAUGACGGAAAGCAAGUCAAGAUCGGUCGGGACGGCCAGGAAAUCGAGCCCAGAGUCGCUGAAGAAUUGUGCCGAUUAUUUCCAGAAGACGAAGGAAUCGAAAUGACGCCUAUCUUGCGGAAAUCUAAGGAAGCAGGGAAACACGUUGUGAAGUCGUCGCGUUAUCGCGACAAAAGACCCAUAGGCAGCUCUAGAUUUUUACGAAGAGGCGGACGAGGGCGCAAACUAUUCUUAACUUCGAGAUCACGUUUAGCCUCGCUGGCCAGGGGAUCUCAAGAUAUUACGGGAAAUCAUAGGAGUUCCAGGGAUCAUUCUUAUCGGUACACGCCGUGGUUCAAUCGAGGCGAUUCACCUUACACAAAGGGUUACGGAACUGGAUUGGGUGUCGCCGCGGUUGCAGAGGCUUACGUCGCAGAUUAUAUGCGUACUAUGCAACAUCAGUUGCCCCCGUUACCGCCUUACGGUCCGCACCCGUACGAUUCUCUGCCACCACCUCCUCCACCUCCAAGAUAUUACGAUGGUCUACCAUUACCUCCAGAUUACAAUGCGACCGCAUCGGCACUAGAUAAGCGUAGCUACGAGAGGAGCGUCGACGAGUUCCUAUGGAGGACGGCUAGUCGUCACAGUCGGCACAGCGAUCAUCGUUCCUCUCGCGAUCAUCACAGAUAUAGAGAUCGCAGAUAAGGAUCUCGACUUUAGUGUUCUUGAAAAUCCGUCGGUUCCCAAAUCGGUCGUUGAUUAGAACUGGAGACGGAAUUACUGAUAAAAGGAAUGACGAGGAAUUGAGUCGUAACAUAUCAUGUUUAUUUCGAUUUAUAGAAUGUUUCUACAGAAAUGUAACGUAAAGUGUAUAUACAUAUGUAUAUAUAAUAUGUAUAUACAUAUGUU